AGGUUUUGACCAAGGAAAACAUUGUGGAACCUAUGAGAGACAUCAGGAGGGCUCUUUUGGAAGCUGAUGUUAGUCUCCCUGUUGUCAGAAGGUUUGUUCAGUCUGUUAGUGACGAAGCCGUGGGGACUGGCUUGAUUCGAGGAGUAAGACCAGAUCAGCAACUAGUUAAAAUUGUACGAGACGAGCUUGUGAAACUGAUGGGUGGAGAGGUCUCUGAACUGGUAUUUGCUAAAUCUGGACCCACCAUAAUACUAUUGGCCGGUCUACAAGGUGUUGGAAAGACAACUGUUAGCGCAAAGUUAGCUUUAUAUCUAAAGAAGCAGGGUAAGAGUUGCAUGCUGAUUGCUGGAGACGUGUAUAGACCUGCUGCUAUUGACCAACUUGUUAUUUUGGGUGAACAGGUUGAUGUGCCUGUUUAUGCAGCAGGAACAGACGUAAAACCUGCAGAAAUAGCCCGUCAAGGAUUAGAAGAGGCCAAAAGAAAGAAUGUAGAUGUAGUCAUAAUGGAUACAGCUGGACGACUUCAGAUAGAUAAAGCUAUGAUGGAUGAAUUAAAAGAGGUGAAACGGGUACUGAACCCCACAGAGGUUUUGCUUGUUGUGGAUGCAAUGACUGGCCAAGAAGCUGCAGCUUUGGUCACAACAUUCAAUCUCGAAAUUGGAAUUACUGGUGCCAUUAUGACAAAGCUAGAUGGGGAUUCUAGGGGUGGAGCAGCUUUAAGUGUCAAGGAGGUAUCAGGAAAGCCAAUUAAGCUCGUAGGAAGAGGUGAACGUAUGGAGGACCUUGAACCUUUCUAUCCUGACCGCAUGGCUGGACGUAUUUUAGGGAUGGGAGAUGUUCUGUCGUUUGUUGAAAAAGCCCAAGAAGUUAUGAAACAAGAAGAUGCAGAAGAUUUGCAGAAGAAGAUCAUGAGUGCAAAAUUUGAUUUCAAUGACUUCCUGAAGCAAACUCGUGCAGUUGCUCAAAUGGGUACCAUGUCCCGCGUUCUCGGAAUGAUUCCUGGCAUGGGAAAGGUUACUCCUGCACAAAUUCGAGAGGCAGAGAAGAGCUUAAUAAUAAUGGAGUCAAUGAUAGAAGUCAUGACACCAGAGGAGAAGGAGAAACCAGAACUGUUAGCAGAAUCUCCUAGUAGAAGGAAACGUAUUGCUCAAGAGUCCGGGAAAACUGAGCAGCAGGUGAGUCAACUUGUUGCUCAACUUUUUCAAAUGCGUGUACGUAUGAAGAAUUUGAUGGGUGUUAUGCAAGGUGGUUCCAUACCUGCACUGAGUAAUCUUGAGGAGGCACUUAAAACUGAACAGAAGGCUCCUCCUGGUACUGCAAGGAGGAAGCGAAGGUCAGAAUCAAGAAAGCAAUUUGCAGACUCGGGAUCAACUAGACCUGGCCCUCGUGGUUUUGGGGCCAAGAACUAAAAUAUAGGACUAUAUGUCAAUCAAAUUUUUGAAGAGCUAGCAUCUUUGACUGGCUAUUUAUGAGUACUCACUAGAACACAGAGUUUGAGUUUGAGUACAAUUUCCAGCAAGAGAAUUGUGAAGACUCUCUCAUUUUAUGAAAGCAGAGCAAAAAGGAAAUGAUUAGGUGGCCUUGGUUGGAGAUAGGAGAUGAAAAGAAUUCCUUGAUUGUAAUGUAGGGAAGAGAAGUUCUUGACAUGAUUAUAGUACAUUGUAUGCAUUCUCAACAAUGUAGUGUUAUCCCCCUUCUUGUGUAACUCUUGCCUUUCUACUGUAUCUACAGAUUUGAUUUCUUCACAUAUCAACCUGUGGUCUUGGAUUA